AUGGCGUCCACGCAGAAUCUCCUGAGGUCCCAAAGAGACGUCCUGCUGGAGUGGCUGAAACAAAACCCGGCACCGCUGCUCCGCUGGCUGUACGACGCAGGGGUUCUGACCCGGGAACAGUACAUCUCAAUGCUGGAGCGCUCCAACAGUAACGCAGUGGCCGCAACCCUGGAGGUGGUGUGUGCAAAAGAAGAGAGCAGCCAGCAUUUCCUCCAGGUCCUGAAAGACGUUCAGGAUUAUUACUGUGUCAAACUGCAGACGUGGGUUGAACAAAACUGCAAAGACACUCCAGGUCUCAGCAAAAAGGAGGCAGCUCCUGUCAAACAGGAAGCUCCACUUGCGGCUCAUAAAAACACUGUCCUGAAUCAGACUCAACGACUGAUGUGCUACUCUGAAGGGGGAGAGAAAGACUUCAAUUCAAGCCUUCACAUUGAAGUCCGCUAUACCGACCUUUUCGUUACCGAGGACAAUGACUCAGGCAUCGAUAGCACUCGACACGAAUACUUCACCCUGGCUAGUCGUCGAUCGAGGAUCUAUGCCCAUCAGGCCUGCAGACGCAUAAGUCCUUGUCAACUAUUCUCUCCCCAGGAACCUGCUGGGCGGCCCCCAAAACGUGUGAAAGUGAAGGGCAUUGCAGGCAUUGGGAAAAGCAUUGCCAUGCAGAGGCUGAUGUAUGAGUGGGCAUUGGGAAAAGACAUGCGAAACUUUGCUUGUGUGUUCGAUCUCCGCUUCCGUGAGCUGAAUCUGAUUGACGCUCCCCUAAGCUUUCAGGAUCUUCUCGGAUCCAGAUUCUUGUACCUGCGAGAUGUACUGCCAGACAUUUUGAGCUUACCUGAUAAAGUGCUCUUUAUCCUUGAUGGUCUGGAUGAGUUCAAAUAUCUGCUGGAUUGGAACAGUAAAGAUAAAGAAAUGAACCUCGAAACCAAGUUACCUGUCUCAGAGCUGAUACUUGCGUUGAUCAGAGGAAGCCUUCUUCCUGAGUCCUCUGUCAUUCUCACUACCAGACCUUCUACAGAUGCACCCAAGGAGUUGUUCCAGCGCUGCUGUGUGGUUCUGGGAUUUGAGGAAAUGCAGGUAAAACAGUACACGUCAAAAUUCUACAAGGAUCAGCAAGUGGCAGAAAAAGUAUACAACUACAUUAUUGGGAAUGACAACCUUUUCGUCUUGUCUUUCAUUCCAUUGUACUGUUACAUUAUCUGCACUGCCAUGGCAGAGUUUUUCUCAGAGGGUAAAAAGGAGAAGAACGGUGAAAAUUCCCUAGAACUCAACCCCCCAAAAACUGUCAGCGAGGUUUACUACUAUUACCUCUUCACGGCAGUCAAACACCACGCGCUCAAAGGCAAAGCUGAAAGGUAUACCCGGAGAUCAGAGGUUCUUAGACUGGUCAGAGAUCAGCUGAUCAACCUGGGUAAACUGGCCUAUGAAAACCUUCUGAGGAGCAAGAUCUUAUUUGAGAGAAAGGACCUGGAGAGAUUUGGGAUCGAACCACAAGAAAUCCGUAGCACCUUUCUCAGUCAGAUCCUGGUGUCUGUCAAGGAGGAGAAAGUCGAAAUGUUUGCAUUUUUUCACUUGACUGUUCAGGAGCACCUUGCAGCUCUUUACUGUGUGAUCAGCCUUCCAAAUCAAGAAGAUGUUUUGAGGGCUCUUGAUUUUUGGAGCUUUGGGGAGCUUCUUCCUUCAGCUACACAUCCUCCACUCAUUAGUAACAAUGAACAUCUUGAGCACAUCCAGGUGGAAAACUUGCAGAUGUUCACACGCUUUUUCAUGGGACUCAUACGAUCUAAACUAAAAGGAAUGCUGGAUGGUCUGACUCCAGACACACUUGAAAAACAAGGAGACCUGGACUUCCUGAUCCAGCUAGGUCUGUGGUUCCAGCAGCAGUUCAAGGAGAGGGAAAUAUCCAAUCAGACAGCGCUGAACCUACUCCAUUGUCUAAUGGAGCUGCAUAUGCAGGAAACCACCAGCAGGGUGGCGCCAGAGAUAAAGAAGGUGAAUCUUUUUAAAAUGAAGCUGAGUGUGGUGGACUGUGCUGCCCUACAGUAUGUGCUGCAGUUUUCUUCCAGCAAUUUGGAGGAACUUAAUCUUGGUUACUCCAAUAUUGGGAACCGUGGACUACUUAAACUAGGCUCUAUUCUGCAUCGCUGUGAAUCCCUCUAUUUGCGCUACAAUUGCUUGGAUAAGAGUGCAGCCAUACUGGAGUCUGCUGUUUUGAAGUCGAAGGACUGUCAGGUGAAAAAGUUGUUCAUGUGCGGCAACAACCUGGGUCCCGAGGGGGUUUUGGCACUGUGGACAGCCCUGGAGCAGAACUCCACUGUGGAAGAACUGUAUUUGGAUAUCACUGGCAUCACAGAAAAGGGCACAGAGAACAUUGUUAACUGCCUGAGCAAGAACACAACCCUGAAGACUCUCACAAUCGUAGGGAACGAUAUAGGAGAGGUCGGAAAGAAGAGACUGAGAGAGCUGGAGAGACACAGGCCUGAACUCAGGAUUAUUGGAAACUUUGUUGAUGACCUGGGGUUACUGAAAGCCUAUCUGGGCUGGGUAGACGAGAUGAAAGCAGAUCAGGAGCAGAGGGACUCAGUGAAGAACGCGGACGCUCUGGUUUCAGUGCUGAAGGGACUCAGGGUGACCGGGACAGAAGUGAAGGCGGAGAACGCAGCUACAGCCAAGGAACUGGAGACCAAAAUCCUUGAGCUCCUUAAACUCUUUCCAGACUUGAACUGA